AUGGAGAAGUUAAAACCGACAGCAGCAAAAAGACUACUUAAAGACAAGUUAUCCAUUGAGCAAGCGUACUCAAGUGUUGAACAGGACUUGGUAAGAGCUAGGAAUUGUUACUCUCCUAGUCAUUUCGAACGUUAUGCUAACGACCGUGACUGGUGUCUGAUGUUGUUCCUUGACGGCUGCUUUAUUAUUGAAUUCAUCUACAGUCCGACCAGGCUGAAUAUGAAGAAACAUGAUAGAGAUUUGGUGUGUCGUGACCUUUUAUUGUUCGAAAAUCAAUUGCCUUUCCAGGUUCUAGAUGUGUUAGCACGCGCAUUUGGAAUUGACGAGACUUCUUUGCGACUGGUAAUUACUGACUGGUUCCUCUUUAAGCAAGGGUUAACAAUAUCCUCUUAUACUAUUUUUGAUCGUGUAGUGUACGCUAUCUUAAUUACAUCCCUCACGUUCCCCACUCCAGCUCCUGCUCAUCUUCUUCAAAGUUUUAGAGGCCUAUGGAUUCCUUCUUAUUUUAUAGUAAAAAAAGAAGAAGAAGAAGAUGAUGAAGAAAAAAAAGAAGAUCGUGCUAUUUGUGAACCUUUAUCAGUCACAGAGCUGAAGAAAAUGGGUAUUCGCUGCAGUUGUUCAAAUAACCCACGAUCUCUUGACUCACCAGUCAUCCAGCUUAAAUCAUUUGUGUUAUCAGGAGAGUUGUUCCUUCCUCUACUAACUAUCGACGAAUGGACCAAGACCCUUUUAUUAAACCUAGUUGCUUUAGAAUUUUUAUGCAGAGAACAAGAUACAACCUUAGGGGUCUGGUCUUACUUGAAUCUCAUGAAUAUGUUGAUUAAAGGAGAGGAAGAUGUUAAGGAGCUGCGAGCCAGGGGCAUACUCCAACUCAGAUCCAUUAGUAGUGACCAACAAGUGGUUGACCUGUUGAGAUAUAUAACAGCACGUGGAGCGCCUAAUCAUCGAGCUUACGGGCAUCUCGAACGACAUAUUUUUACUUACUCCAAAAGUAAAAUGUUCCCUCUACGACUUCUCCUUGCUGAACUUAAGCAUAGGUACUUUCGUGGUCCCUGGAGUUUUCUUGUGUUUCUUGCUGUUCUCUUCACUGUCAGUAUGACUGUAAUUCAGACCGUCCUCACAGGAAUUCAGACUUAUAAAUAG